AUGGGACGAAGGGAGAGGAGGGCCCAGAGAGCUGAGGCCGUUCAACAGGCCCAGCCCAAAGGGCAGAAGAAGCCCGCCGCGAAGCCCCCCCAAACCCCGAAGAGUAAAGGGGGUCAGCAGUCGCGGCAGGGCAAACGGCAGCUCUCUGGGACUGUCAAGAGGAAAAGGCCCCCUCGUACGGCAGCGGUGACGAUCACCUGCGCCGACGGGGGAUACCAGGAGACUCUGGCGAAGGCCCGGAAAGAGGUCGAUCUCCGAAAAUUGGGGUUCGACUCCCUCCGCAUACGUGAGGCUGCCACCGGGGCGAUGGUGGUGGAGCUCCCGGGAUGCGGAGAGAAGGAGGACCCCACGGCUGCCCAGAGGGCCGACGCCCUCUAUUCCGAACUCCACCGGAUCUUCGCCGGAAACGAGGGGGUGGCUCGCCUCAUUCGCAAGGCUGAGCUGCGGCUCCGGGGGCUCGAUCGCUCGUUGGCGGCGGCCGACAACGUGGCGAUUAUCGCGGGCGAGGGGUCUGCAUCUCGGGGGACGUCCGGGUCGGGGACCUCAAAUUCCCGACUCGGUAUGGGCACGAUAUGGGCCCAGUGUCCCUUGAGGGCCUAA